AUGGAAGGUUUUAUAGCCCGAUUAUGUUAUCGAGUUCCUGCAGCCACUAUUUAUAUCCUGGUCGUAAUAACCUUAAGACGCAACAAGGCCAACUACGUCGGCUCCUUCUUCAAACUCUUCAUGUUCUCAACCUUCGUGGUGAAUUUUUCGAAAAUAAUUAAAUUUCAAGGGCUUGCGGACUUUUAACAAAAAUUCAGUGCAAAAAUAGUCUAGAACUUUAAUUCAAGGGUAUUUUUUCUUAUAAUUAGGACCAUAAGUACAACGUGAAAACACAAAAUAUUUUCAUCUUCAAAAGUCAGGAACUUCCAGAACCUGGCAGUUUUCAUCAAUGCAACCAUAUCUUUGCAAAUACUCCAAGUGACACCUGUAGGGUCGUGGUUAGCCGCUGUUUACCUGGCUCUUCCACAACUUAUCGUGAGAAUCGUGAGUUUCCAGAACAAAUAAAGGAAUUCUGAAUAUUUAUCCUUUCAGAUUUACAUGUUAUCUUAUUAUUUUGGGUACGUCCAGUUUUUCAUCAUCUUCUUGAUGGCUAUGAAUCGGUUCACCGUCAUUUUCCUACCAUUUCAUCAUGAAAAAGUCAGUUUUUGAAAAAAUAAAAUCAAUCAGGAGUAAAGUUUGCUUGGUGGAAUUUAAUGAACUAUCAAGUUUUUAUGGAAUCUUAAAGGUUUCGAUAUCGAACUGAGGAACUCCAGAGUGGUCCCUAUAGGGGCGACUUUUGGGGACAACUUUGCCAACCCCUAUAGCUUGCGAAAGUGGUUCUUAUAGGGUUUUUAGUUAGGAAAAAAGAACUAGACCACUAUAGGGACCACUUGAGCUUAGGGGUCAGACCCUAUACCCCUUUAGGGACCGCCUAGAUUUUACCCCUAUAAGGACCACUUUUUCGGCCCCUAAGGAGCUGUUUAUUUCCAUAACCACUAUAGGGACCCCUCUGGAAUUCCUAAAAAUGACACCAUCUCCACCAAAAAAUCGAACAUUUUCCAGUUCUGGGACAAGUUUCUAUGGAUCUCGAUAGCGUUUUGCGUUAUCGCGCCUUUCGCUUCGGUGUACCCAUUACUCUGUGACGACAUCGCGUUCCAACCAAACAGAGCAAAAACCAAUCUAGUCUACGCAGUCGAUCUUACGGUGGGUUACAGUAGGACUAAAGUAGGUCUAAAUACCGUUUUCCAGAUAAUCGCGACGAUUUUCAAGCAACUGCUGAUGUUCAUGGUGAUCGUCGUGUUUCUGACGUUGACCUUGAACGUCGCCGCUGCGUAUCAGGUUAUUCGCUGCGCAUCAACUCUGCUCUUCAAUGAAAAGAUGUUCAGAUUGCUUGUAACGGUGCUCUGGCUGCGAAAAAAGCCGAAUUCAGUCUUUAUAUCUUAUCAGUCUACAACUUUCUGCUUCAAUUAGGCAUAUCGGUUUUCACGGUUCGUUCAAAAGUUAUUCAAAGCCUCUAAAAUGAGCAAAAAGUUUGUAACAUGAGCAAUGAGCAAUGCUCGGUUUCAAGCCUUUUUUGUGAAAAUUGGCGGCUUGAAAUGGAUAGCUCCGCGUUGCGGUUGCGUCGCGGCAAAAUGCGUAUUUCUUACGGUCACAGUAAGAGUCACAGUAACCCGUUUCGAUGUUGGGAUUUAUAAAACCGUAGGAUUUUUACUUCUGACUGAGAUCCUCUCUUAAAGCUCUGCAACCCCUUCAAAAAUCAAGCCAUUCUCGGUGCGGUCUCAUUCCGAUUUCAACAAAGAAUCAAAAUGACAUCACUUAAGGCCGCAUUGGGAAUGGCUGCAGCCGCGAUUCGAAACUUUUUCCAAUGACCUCUCUUACAGUACAUAGCAAUGAGCGAGUCGACGUCAAGUAUCGCUGGCCUACGCGACUUCACGGGUACUGUACUACCGUACAUCAGCGACAUGGUCACCUUUUCCAACGCUUUCGUCGUCCUUUUUCUGAACCGCAGUCUGCGGAAGCAAGUCUUCAGUAUGCUUCUGUGCAAAUGUGGUGAGUACUCUUCUCAUUUAUGGACUACGGUGGACAAGGAGCCGCAAAAUGACGUUGUUCUGUUGCAGAAAAAGAAAAGACGAGCUCCAUUUUCCUGGUGGCCAACAAUUCCAAUGGCCGCCUUCCAAUACGAAAAUAA